GGUGUAGUUUACGGCAGUACUGUCACACAUUCAGAUCAGAGUUCAGUAGCAAGCAUAUCAUUUCUACUUUUCCAACUCUCUUGAUUUUUUUUUAAUUUGAAGAUCAUUUUAACUAGGCCAGAGGUGAAGCAGAUUGGAGUGGAUUUUCUUAAAGCAGUAAUGUCUGAUAGUCCUUCUUUGGCACUCUCUUGUAAGCCAACCCUUCCAGACACACCUCUUCAGUUCAAGGUGAUGGACUACGUUUAUGACGAUGAUCUUGACGAACUGUGCCCGGUUUGUGGAGAUAAAGUAUCCGGUUAUCAUUACGGACUACUGACCUGUGAAAGUUGCAAGGGAUUUUUCAAGAGGACUGUGCAGAACAGCAAGCGCUACACUUGCACCGAGAAUCAGAGUUGCAAAAUCGACAAAACUCAGAGGAAGAGAUGCCCGUAUUGCAGAUUCCAGAAGUGCCUGACAGUGGGCAUGAGAUUAGAAGCCGUCCGCGCCGACAGGAUGAGAGGAGGAAGAAAUAAGUUUGGGCCAAUGUACAAACGUGACCGUGCGUUAAAACAGCAAAAGAAAGCAUUGAUCCGGGCAAACGGCUUUAAGAUAGAAACUGUGCCUCAAAUGGUGUCAUCUGUACAGAAUGAAUAUUCGUACUCAUCUGCCAUACAUAACGUACACUCUGUGUCCAAAAGCAUCCCUCCAAACCCGGCCUUGAUGCCAGUCACAGAUUACGAUAGAGGUCUGUAUGGAGCGCCAUCAGUCGGCAUGGCUCUGCCAAACCACGGAACACUGCCAAGCUAUCAGUACCCCUCAUUUCAUAGCAGGACCAUCAAGUCUGAGUACCCAGACCACUAUGCCAGCUCGCCGGAAUCUCUGGUUGGCUACCCCUACCCAGACGCCUACCAGACCAGCUCCCCCGCCACCAUCCCACAGCUGAUCCUGGAACUCCUACGCUGCGAACCGGAUGAACCUCAAGUCCAGGCGAAGAUCUUGACCCACCUACAGCAGGAGCAGGCCAACCGGGGCAAACAUGAGAAGCUUAGCACCUUUGGGCUGAUGUGCAAAAUGGCCGACCAGACCCUCUUCUCCAUCGUUGAAUGGGCCAGGAGUUGUAUAUUCUUCAGAGAACUUAAGGUGGAUGACCAGAUGAAACUGCUGCAGAACUGCUGGAGUGAUCUGCUGAUUCUGGACCACAUCUUCAGACAGGUUUACCACGGGAAGGAGAACAGCAUUCUUCUGGUGACCGCCCAAGAGGUCGAGUUGUCCACGAUCGCCAACCAGGCCGGCUCGACGCUCAUUAACCUGGUGCUGCGGGCGCAGGAGCUGGUGGCCAAGCUGCAGUCCCUGCAGGUCGAUCGUAGGGAUAUCGUCUGCUUCAAGUUCCUCCUCCUCUUCAGUCCUGAUGUGAAAGUGUUGGAGGGCGGGCAUUUGAUUGAGAGCGUUCAGGAGCAGGUCCACGCUGCCCUCCUGGACUACACCAUGUGCAACUACCCUCAGCACGGCGAGAAGUUUGGACAGUUGCUACUACGGUUACCAGAGAUCCACGCCAUCAGUAAACAGGCUGAAGAAUACCUGUACUACAAGCACCUGAGCGGUGAGGUGCCUUGCAACAACCUGCUGAUAGAAAUGCUUCACGCCAAGCGAGCCUAGAACCAAGCCUAACCCUAGAGGCAGGUUAUGGAUUCCAAUUUAUAUAUAUAAAUAUAUAUUACAUUACUUUAUAUUAUUACUAAAUCACUGUAAUUAGGUAGUAACAAGAUGAUUUUUAAGUAUACAGGACCUAUGUAAUCUGGGACUACAACAUUUUCCAGAUGCUGCCUCUCUUUUUUUCUUUCAUUGCAGAAAAGUUGGCUUUAUUUUAAGAUGGCUUGUUCAGGCUCAGAAUUUAUUUUGUGUUUUAUGGGACAGUGUGAUUCCCAAGCAGCCAAGCAUGGCGUUUACAUUUUAUCAGCAUUGGGGCCAUUUCUGAUCGCAGUGACUAUGUUGACAGCCACAGGGUGUUCAGGCUUUACACUUGAUUUUCUUGGGACUUGCCAGCAGGGGAACUAGAAGCAGGAGGUGGCCGGGUGUUCCUUUGAACUGGUCCCACCAUCCACUAAGGUCAGGGCAGAAACAUUGCCACAAGUGCACUUCCAUUACCUGAUGCUCUCUGUCUCAACAUCUGCCAGCCCAAAGUUAGCAGAUAGACAAUCCUUAUCAUCAUCUGCUUUGAUCUGUCGUUUUCACCCCUCACCCUUCCACAUUCCUAGACUCCCCUUUCCCUUGACUCUCAGUCUGAAGAAGGGUCUCGACACGAAACGUCACCUAUUCCUUCUCUCCAGAGAUGCUGCCUGUUCCCGCUGAGUUACUCCAGCGUUUUAGGUCUAUCCAAAGAUUCAUUCACCAGGCAAGGUUUCUCCACGUCUCAUUCCCAAGUUGGGAAUCUGUUACCCGUGACCAUGUGUGAGAUGGACACCUAAUCCCACACAAGUUAUUACACAGGAGAUCUUCAAACUACAGAAACAGUGGCUGUAAAAUGAGCCGAUGCGGUAAUAUUUCCAGAGCUAUAACAGUGUUCUUUUUCUCUCCAGUUAUCCGCUUUACACAAUCUUAGAACUGCACACCUGUACUUUAUUUAAUAUUUGAAAGCUGAAUGCACUUGUAUUUUUUAUUGAGUUGCAAGCAGUUGUAUUUGUUAUUUUUAUGCUUUGAGUUUGUUUUAUUCAGAGUAUUAUGGUCAAUUGUACAAAAUAAGACUACGGUAAAACGAUUGUUUUAUGGAAAUUAAUAUUUAAUGAGUAAACAACUGUUAAUUCUGUCAUAUUUAACUUUGUUUUGCAUAACUACUAUACGGCAUAAACAAUUCUCUUGUAUUUUGCUUUCAUGCAUGUCAGCUCACUUCUUAGAGAAAUAAACGGAUUAAAU